CAAACUCAGCCUUUUACCAUCAUCAUGACAUCGAACGGCAACGAAACAGAAUUGCAGACAGUCACCGUCGUAGCGCCAAAGAGCCAGAAAAAACAUAAAAAAUCGAAGCCAGCGCGGAAGCAGGUCAAGCCAGGUGACGUAGAGAAGAAAGAGACACCUCAGACAGGGAAAGAGUACAAUAUCUGGUACAAUAAAUGGGCUGGGGGUGACAGGGAGGAUAGCUACUCAAACAAAGUAAAAUCUCAAACGAGAUGCAACGUCAAGAAAGACUCUGGCCUGACUCGCGCCAACACGACUGGAAUGAAGUACUGCUGUCUCUUCUUCGCCCGGGGCUGUUGUCCAUACGGUUGGGAAUGCGAAUAUCUUCACUGCCUCCCAGACCCAGAGGACGCGCUGCCUGACAGCUCAAAAGACUGUUUCGCCCGCGACAAGUUCGCAGACUACCGUGAUGACAUGGGUGGCGUGGGUAGCUUUAACAGAAUGAAUCGUACUCUCUACGUUGGACGGAUCAAGGAGACAGGGAAUGGCCUCGAGACGGAAGAAGUCGUUCGGAGGCAUUUCAAAGAGUUUGGGCAGAUAGAGCACGAUGAUUCCGAGACAGGAUGGGCCGUCAAGGUCCUGCAGUACCGAAGCGUCGCUUUCGUUACCUAUGUGUCUGAGUUGCACGCACAGUUUGCCAAAGAGGCCAUGGCAUGCCAAUCUCUAGACAACGAUGAGAUUCUCAAUGUUCGAUGGGCUACAGAGGAUCCUAACCCGACCUCCAAGGUUUUGGAGAAGAGGCGCCUGGAGACGAUGGGUCAAGAAGUCAUCCGCUCCAAAAUGGAUCCCCGUAUUGUUGAUGCCAUGAGGACGAUCAGAGCACUGGAAGAUGGUGAUGUGCUUGACGAGGAGGGAAAUAUAGUGCAGGAUGACGGAGAGGAGAGUGGAGAACGUGAAAGCAAGCGGCGACGACUAGAUAUUGAAGCGCCUCCUCCAUCACCUCCUCCGCUGGAGGUAUCGUCAAAACCAGUUAAGCUACUGAGUGCCGAUGCCAUAGAAGGUCUUAAGUAUUUCGCACAAAUUCGGCAGCAGAAUAGCGUAUCUUUGGUGCAACCUACUAGGAGCCCCCCCACGGAGCCUAUUGGGCUAAAUCUUGUUGGCUAUGGAAGUGAUGAUGAGGACUAGAUGUAUAAUAUCCUUAUCUGUGCUAAUAACAGAUGUGACUUAAUCUUGCCCUCCCCCGCUACCCUCAGCGCCUUCCUCUCGAAUGCCUUGAAUUUCAUAAUCAUAGCCCUCCUCUGCAGCAUCUGCCUCAGCUUUCUCUUUCAAAUAUUUUUCAAAGUCCCAGUCUUCAGAGCCAUCUUCAUCCUCAUCCUCGAACCAUUCAGGGUUGUAUUGGAA